UGAAGGACUGACCGCUGCCGGUGUUUUUCUAACACCCAAGCUGCCUCAGGUGGAGUUCAGCCUUGCCUGCAAUGAUCUGGUGGCCUCAGGCAGUGACAGGAAGCCCAAUGCGUUGGUCCAGGUGGCUGUCAUAGAUCCCCACAAGCGGCACCUCGUCUCUCACGCCUGCACAGAGAUAGUGGAGGCGAACAAAGACCCGCUGUUUCUGACGGGGCUGACCUUCCCUUCAGAGUAUCCUGCUAGCCCGGAGACACUAGUCAAGCUAACUGUGUAUGAUGCAAAGGACAAGAGCCCGGAAUCAAGCAGCUUCCUGGGCAGUGCCACAUUUUCAGUCGGCAAUCUGCUGCGGGCUAAAGAUGAACGACUGACCUUGAGUCUCAGGACAUCUGAUGGCGUGUGCGCGGGAGGAACAGUGGUGGUGAGUCGUCUGAAGAUGGGGGAGAUGGAAGAGGUCGACGUCGACCACAUCACCGAGAUACCGUCACACAAGUGUCCCUUGGUGUGUGAGUCUGCGUCCCACGCCUGCAUCGACCGGCAAAAUAACCCGCUGACCGGUUCAGUGUUUAAGAACCCAAUAUGCAAGGUGUACAGAUUUCAAACAGUGGACAGCAAGUGGAUGCUUGUGCGAGAACAAAUGGAGGAGUGCACGUUGUCCUUUAGCAUCCCCAAGCAGCUGCUCUCACUGUAUAUCCAUGAGGACAUGAGCAGGGUGCAAAACCUGAGAGAGCUGGGGGAGCUUUCUCCUCACUGGGACAACUUAAGAAAAGAGGUGAUGACACGGUACGGAGGAAUCGUCAGCUCCUUCCAGGAGACUUUGGCAGAACUGGACAAGAUCACUGGUCGUUCAUUCAAGCCAAGCUGCUGCAAAGCCCAGAAAUCUCUGGAGUUCAUCCCAAUAAACUUGCACACCCAGAGGAUGAGAGUGACGUGCCCCCGAAAAACAGAUGCAUUCUACGACGUUGUCACUGUCGGCGCCCCUGCAGCCCAUUUCCAGGGGUUCAAGUGUGGUGGUCUGCAGCGUCUCCUGAGCAGAUAUGAAGCAGAGAAAAAGAGCUUCAGCACUGCCUACCAGUGUAUCUACUACUCCCCAGAGCACACAGCUAAAGCUCAGGAGGUACUCAGCACCGUGAGCCUCCUCCAGCCCCUCAUCACAGGCCUCGCGGACCGGCUCCUCCAGGCUGCCCAGGAGCACUCUUCCCCCGGACUGAGGGAUGCACUCAAGAACCUUUCUGACAAGCUGCUGCAACCAAACUAUUUUAUUCUCGGACACAUCAACACACAUUGUCAGACCGAACAAUUUGUUCACACACUUAAGGAUGAAUUGGUCAAGAGUGCACUACUGGCACUGCAUGCAGCGCGGCCCGGAUACGUCUCCAAGAACCAGCAGCAGAACCCGGUGCAGGGAGGCCAACAUCAAGGCCACAUCCUCCAGGGCAGUGACCAGACUCCGAGCCCAGUCCAGGGACUUCCAGGUCACAGUCCGGCCACAUCGAUCACUGACGGCACAGCGCGGUGUAAUCAUGUGGAAGGAUUACAAAGCACGACUAGAGGCGAAGGCGUGCCGCUGAAACACCAAGACUCCAUACCGCACCAUAAUGAGUACGACGAGGAGGAAUGGGACCGGGUGUGGGCUAACGUGGCCAAAUGUCUCAACUGUGUCAUCGCCAUGGUAGAUAAACUCCAGGAAGAAGACAACAGCAGUCAAGAGCCGGUCCCUGAGCAGCAGCUAGCUGAUGUCAUCAUCUCACACAAACCCGGCGACUGGAGGGAGCAGCUGUGUCCUCUGGUGACCAGGUUAAAGGAGUGUGUGAUGGAGGUGGUGGACAAGGCAAAGAGAGCCAUGACCUUUGUGCUCCUGCAGGAGGCGGCCUGCAGCAUUCCGCAGGGCUUCCUCCUCCAACAGAGGCGAGACGUGGUCUUCAGUCAGGCACUGGCAGCCUUAGCCUGUGGUUUUGUCAUGAGGCUGUAUGCAGGAAUGCAGGACCAAGGCUUCCUGAGGCAGCUCCACCUGGUUGGUCUGGUGGCCCAGUUUGAGAGUCUGCUCAGCACCUACAGUGAGGAGAUUGGGAUGCUGGAGGACAUGGAGGUUGGAAUUUCAGACCUGCACAGAGUCCGGUUCCAGAUUACAGAGGCCAAGUCGGACGACCUCAGUGACCUCCAGCCUUUAGUGUGUGGCCGACGAGACCACUUCACUGUAGAAGUGCCAUUACCUAAGCUGGUUUUCCAGACCUUGCCAGAGGAGAUCAAGGAGGGCAAGCCUCUACGAGUAUUUCCGGUGCUGUUUAACGUGGGCAUCAACGAACAGCAGACGAUAGCAGAGAGGUUCGGAGACAUCUCUCUUCAAGAAAGAAUAAACCAGAGGAACUUUGAGACGUUAGAGGCCUAUUACAAAACACUAAGAGAAAAGGUGCCACGAGAAUGUCUACCAUGUUUUCAGACACAGACUGACAUCAAAGACUUACUAGAAACCCUGGGCCAGAAUGUCGUCACAAAGAAGAGAAAGAAUGUGGAGAUACUAUGGAUUGCUGGAACGAUCUGCCGAAGGUUAAAUGGCAUCAGGUUUACCAGCUGUAAAAGUGCCAAAGACCGGACAUCCAUGUCUGUCACAUUGGAGCAGUGUGCCCUCCUACGCGAUGAACACCAGCUCAGCAAGGACUUCUUCAUCCGUGCUCUGGACUGUAUGCGGAGAGAAGGAUGUCGGAUUGAGAACGUUCAAAAGAAUAUUAGAUGCAGGAAAUAUGCCUUCAACAUGUUGCAGCUGAUGGCCUUUCCCAAGUGCUACCGGCCACCGGAGGGUACUUACGGUAAAGUGGACUCUUGAGGACCUCGGCCUGAGACCUCGUGUGUUCCCCCACUUUUAAAUAUGAAAGCUGAUGCAUGAUGGUUUAUUGUUUAUAACCAAAAACAACUUGGCUGGAUUUUAUAUUUUGCUGAUUAGUUUUACGUUGGAUGUGUUCAUCAACUUCCAAGCUGAAUUUGCCAAACGUUAUUUGUAAAAAUGAAUGCACUUUCCAUUCUUGCCUUGUUUAGUUGCCACCCACAGCGUGUCGACCGUGAAUAUCUUUCUUCAGGCUGUUCCACGCUCAACCAGCAUGACGUGUGCACGGCAAAAUGAUGUGUGGCAACAUGUAUAUUAGCGUAUCACCUCUUCUGAGCGCCGUUCACUGACACUGAGCUUAAGUUAAAAGCUUUUUGAAAAUAAUAAACCUGUUACAAGGAUUGUUGUGUGGUAUAAAUACUGCUCUCCACAAUAACUUGGAACAAUCUGUUCCUCAUUCCAUGUUUGGAUGUUCUGAGUUUUACGUGAUGAAAGAUUUCCUGAGUGGUUGUUCUCUACAUUUUCAUGUCAUCGCAUAUUCAGGUCCAAACAUUGCCUGUGUCUUUUUUGACUGAUGCAGACCUAUUUUCCAUUCAUUUAUAAUAAGUAAUAUACCAGUAUUUUAAAACAUCCUGUUUCCUAACUCAUCUCAUUAUUUGAACGGUUGCUUUUUUCAUAAUAUUUUUAUAUCUCAAGGUACAGGCCAGAAUGAGGAUAUUGGACCAGCGUUCUGAAUGCAUUAUGUCAAAUUCAAUUAUUUAUUUUUGUAUACUAAAAUGAUUUUAUACUUUACGGGUUGAUACCUUGGACUUUAAUGCAUGUUGUGUGACGACAUUGGACAUUUACAAUUGUCUAUUGUAUCGAAAUUAAAUAAAAGAAUGGAUUGAUGUCAA